AUGACUACGGAUAUAAUUCGAAGUGAUCUGGAGGCAAUAUCUACUAUUACACUGACUUUCCUAGCAUGGCGCUCUAUACAAUACAUCCUUGUGUUUUUCACACCACCUAAUCAAUUUGAUACCUCUACCGAGCUGACAAUUGAGUACAUACUAUCAUCAGCUCCAAACUCGGAUUCUAUUGUAAAAAGUUGGAACACUUUUUGGAAUCGCAGAUUGUGGAAUAAGCUCUUGUCGUGGGAUGCGGUUUUCUUCAUAAAGGGUAUGACAGUGGACGACCAUGUACCACGUUAUGAGCAUGAAUAUGCAUUUUCUCCAGUCUGGGUCAAACUGGUUCGCUAUUAUUCCAGGGGAAGCACCAAUUUAUUCACAGUUUUGAAAACUGGCGUUCUUUUGGAGAAUCUUCUGUUUUAUUUCUCUGCCAUUUUGCUAUAUUUUCUCACAAUUGGCAUAUUUAGCCGAAAUAAUCCAAGAUCAGAAUACGCUCGUAAUGUUGCAAGAGGAGCUGUCAAGAUUUUCAUUUUCAGCAGCGUUUCUGGGUUUGUGACAGGUAUUUAUUCCGAACCAUUAUCAUUUGCAUUGACAUUUUUUGGUAUGUUGUUGCGGGAGAAAUCCAUUGAGAUUUUGAUUCCCUUUAAUAUUAAUUGUGUUUGGUCAAGGUGGCCCCUGUAUCUACUUUCUUCCAUUUGCUUCAGUUUUGCUGCAGUGAAUAGGUCGAAUUGCAUAUUACUAGGAAUUUACUAUAUUUUUGACCUCCUCCAACUUAUCAAGUUCAAGAGGAAUCUGAAGGCUCUUUGCUUCCCGCUACUUUCUGGGGGGUUAAUGUUUACUGUCUGUUGUUACUAUCUGUAUUUUAUGCCUUUCACAGAGUACUGCCCAGAAAGAGGUGAAUGGUGUGAUACUCAAGUUUUGUCUACUUUACCAUUCACAAAGGUGACAUUUUACAGCUUCAUUCAGUCCCAUUAUUGGAAUAUUGGAUUUUUAAAAUAUUGGACUUUGAACAAUACGCCUAAUUUUCUCAUCGCUUUACCCAAUAUUGUGAUUUUGUUAUACUCUACGUUCUAUUUUUCAAAAAUUUACCCAACCUUCACACUUAGACCGCUUAUCUGGAUUACUCGUGCGUUGGUUUUGUUAUUACUACUUUUCGCUCAUGUUCAGAUUAUCAACAGAGUUGCGUCUUUUAUACCUCUCCAUCUUUGGUAUAUUGCUGAUAGAUCAAUGAAAAGUAGAAUGAAAAAAAAUGAUGAUGCAUUAUUAGGUGAUGAUAUGAUAGUUAAAGUUUAUUUAUAUUGGUUGAUAUGCUGGGUGCCGUUGCAGACUGUGUUAUUUGCAUGUUUCUUACCGCCUGCAUAG